UUGUGUCAGGACUCACUGUGUUCAUAUGUGUCUAUGUGUGCAACAACGGCGUUUAUAUUCGCCAAGCAGAAUGGAAUUGUUCUCCAAAGUGAAGAUCCUCCGCUAUUUUUUUAUUUUCCUUGCUUCGUCGUUUUUCUACCACACAGGAGAAUCGAUGAAACCGGAUGACCCGGCGUAUGUCUCGGCCUUCAACCAAAUCAUCAAGGGUGCAACUUGUAGAACCAUCACACCGAAGACGGGUCAAUUGUACAAGAAUCGAUUCGACGGAGAUUGUUCAAGGGCUUUCGCCGCUUUGACGAGCAUCGGACUCAACGUUUGCACCGGUUGGCGGGGCGCCGCAUGCCGCAGAAUGUCCAACACUUGGGAAUGCUCGGCUCUCGUCCCGGUCUCGAGAGGGAUGGAAAUAACCAGGACCCUCGACAGUUGCGGGCCGAAUCUUCCUCCGCCGAGAGACCCGCGGUUGAGGUGUUUCACCGGAGCGGGGCAAACGUCGGGAACCAGGAAGAGACGUCAUAGUCCUCCCGCACUCCCCGUAGGGUCCUCUAAAAACACCAGAUUCAAUCCUGGUCCUCCGUCCGCUCAUCAGGCCUCGGGAUCUUCAUUUCCUCCAGGCGUGCCUCCGUACACCGAAGGGUUUUCCGUGGGUUCCUCAUCAUCAUCGAUUCCCCCGUUCAGUCAAAGGGCUACCUCCAGCUUUGAUGUUACGCAGAUAACAAGACUAGGCAUUUCAAGAGAUGAUCUGCAGUCAUUUGCCAAUCCAUCGCAUGUAGCACAACCUACAAGACUUGGUACGGGAGGCCCAUCUGGUGUAAGUGGUCAAGUUCAAAGUCAAGGUCGAGGUCAAAGUUAUAGUCUAGGGCAAGAAAUCAACCAAUUGCCUAAAAGUUUUGAGUGCGACAAAUGUGACAAAAAAUACGGAAACAAAGAAAGUCUAACUAGACACAUGGAAUAUCACACUGGCCAGACAAUUUGUCCAUUUUGUACCAAUGGAAAACGUUACGGAACAAAAGAUGCCCUCAGGAGUCAUAUAAGGUCCAAGCACCCGAAGGAAUGGUCAGCACCACCACAAAAAUGAUCUCUUCAAAAUAUCUGGAUGAAUAUAUUAUGGAACUAAAAAAAGAAAAAUGAAAAAAAUGGGGUUGGUUAUAUUUUAGUCGAACGGAUAUAAUUUAAUAAGUCAUGCACUGAAAAAAAAUUC